AUGAGUGAGAGGGAAAAUAAUCAUAUUUACGUAUCUCGAUUCCAAAAUCCUAAUGAUUGGCUCAAACCUUUUUUUUACAGGUUUUACUCUAGUGAAAUUAUCCUGGCACUGCACUUUCUUCAUUCGCGAGGCAUCAUUUAUCGAGAUCUCAAACUCGACAAUGUCCUCAUCGAUGCGGAGGGACAUGUGAAACUAACUGAUUAUGGAAUGUGCAAGGAAAAUAUUGGGCCAGGAGACGUGACUUCUACUUUCUGUGGAACUCCAAAUUACAUUGCCCCUGAAAUAUUACGUGGGGAAGACUAUGGAUUCAGCGUUGAUUGGUGGGCUCUGGGAGUGCUCAUGUGAGU